CCUCGUACAGCCAAAUAAGAGCGAGACGCAGGAGAAGGGUGAAGCGCGCAUACUACACGCGAACCUGCAGGAAACACUGCGGGUCUGAUUUAUCCGCAUCCCCGGGACAAACAGAACACGAGAACUGCGUCCAAUCAGAAGUCAAGAUAGGAGACCAGAAAAUCCGUUGAACACACCACUGUUUCGCGUCGCCGUUCAUAGUGCAACAACACGGCCUUUAAAAGUAGCCUACCUAACGAGCCGCUGGGCCGACCUUCAGGCGAGGGAGGGGCCAGACAGAAGAAUGCGCCUGAUCUCAGCGAAAAUCAAACAGACGCGUAGAACGCGGUGGAAGUAGAUGACUCGAACCAACGCAUAACAACAGCCUACACGUUGUAACUUACUCAUCGAUCAAUAUUCUGCUGCUGGAUUAAUUAAAAUAGUCUUUCAGCGCGAUCUAGCCUGCGGAGGACACGGGAACUCCGUUUUUUCUGUGUUGUUGUGCCGGGAAUCUAGUGGAAGAGAAAGGCGAGCGUUUCUUCGCGGUCCGCUUGUUCAUAGAUCGGUCAGUUAUUAGUUUUUAGAAGGUAUAAAGUCACACAGUAAGGCGGUGGGAAAAUGACUUGUACUGUACGCAGUUUCUUUGCCACCCUGGUUGUGCUGCUUUUCUGGCGCGCUGAAGAGGUUGCAGAAGCGUGCAGCUGUUCUCCUGUUCAUCCCCAACAGGCAUUUUGCAAUGCAGACAUAGUCAUCAGGGCGAAGGUGGUCGGGGGGAAAGAGGUGGAUUCUGGGAAUGAUAUUUACGGUAACCCCAUAAAGAGGAUCCAGUAUGACAUCAAGCAGAUCAAGAUGUUUAAAGGGCCAAACAGGGACAUUGAGGAGGUCUUCACUGCUCCUUCCUCAGCUGUGUGUGGAGUAACCCUGGACUCCAGCGGAAAAAAGGAGUACCUGAUUGCAGGGAAGGCGGAGUCGAACGGGAAGAUGCACGUGACCCUGUGUGACUUCAUCGUUCCCUGGGAGACCAUGAGCCACACCCAGAAGAAGAGCCUGAGCCAGCGCUACGACAUGGGCUGCGGCUGCCGGAUUACACGCUGUCCCUCCAUCCCUUGCUCCAUCAGCAGUCCGGAGGAGUGCCUGUGGACUGAUUGGGUGAUGGAGAAGAAAAUCAGUGGUCGCCAGGCCAACCAUUACGCCUGCAUCAAGAGGAACGAUGGGUCCUGUGCCUGGUACCGCGGCCUGGCCGCCCCCAAAAACGAGUUCAUGGACAUCGAGGACCCCUAACCACCCCACUGUCGCCUCACUGCCCAAUUAAAAAAAAAAACAAGAGACCGAAACAAAGCCAAAAUGUAACUUUUUUAAGAAAUGAAGAAACUAGUAAAUACAUGAACAGGUAACCAAAAAAUAAGAUAAAGAAGAAAAGAUUUCAAGUAAAUUAUAAUUUAGUGAAACGAUCAUGAGAACAAGAGAGACAGGUUUAGACUGGACAAGUGAUGUCACUUCCCCAAGUAGGCUGGCUACAGGAAGUAGUAUUUUGGACGAUCCUGGAAAGAAGGCACUUUCUGCCCCAAAAAGCGCUUAACACCCCCCCCCCCUUCCCCCACUGAUACAAAUGAGUACAGAUUAAAAUCACAAAGCAAAACUGAGUCUUUUGCAUCACGUGAUCUUGCACACGUCAUUACAAACCCAAAUUGCUUUUGGUCAGUGGCCCCCACCCUGCACUUCUCUCUCUCUCUCUCCGUCACACACACGCACACGCGCACACAACACACGCACGUGCACACACUGGCACACAACACACACGCACGUGCGCACACGCACACACAACACACACGUGCACACAACACACAUGCACGUGCACACACACACACGCACGUGCGCACACACAACACACACGUGCACACAACACACACGCACGCGCACACAACACACAGGCACACGCACACACACACCUGGGGGGGGGGGGGGACAUCCUGGGUGAGUCAGGAAAGGCGUUGUGUGCUGAAGCUGAGGCUCCCCCUGAGCCUAACCCCCCUCCUCCUCGUCCCGCCGGGCCCCUGAGCCUAACCCCCCUCCCCCUCGUCCCGCGGGGCCCCUGAGCCUAACCCCCCUCCCCCUCGUCCCGCCGGGCCCCUGAGCCUAACCCCCCUCCCCUCGUCCCGCCGGGCCCCUGAGCCUAACCCCCCUCCCCCUCGUCCCGCCGGGCCCCGGAGCCUAACCCCCCUCUCCCUCGUCCCGCCGGGCUCACGGGGUAGUGUGCUAUGUCCCAGCUCUUUAUAUUUCUCCUGUGCGUGCGUGCGUGCUUAUGCGUGCUUAAUAAUCAAACGUAAUUGGUCCAGGUCUGUUAGACACUGCUAGCUCCGCCCAUCUUGACGCCCAUGCCCACAUCACUGUGCUGGCUCCCCAUUGUAAUAUGAGUGUGUGUGCGUUAAGACUCAGUGUAAUGUGUGCGUUAAGACUCAGUGUAAUGUGUGCGUUAAGACUCAGUGUAGUGUGUGCGUUAAGACUCAGUGUAAUGUGUGUGUUAAGACUCAGUGUAAUGUGUGCGUUAAGACUCAGUGUAAUGUGUGCGUUAAGACUCAGUGUAAUGUGUGUGUUAAGACUCAGUGUAAUGUGUGCGUUAAGACUCAGUGUAGGGUGUGCAUUAAGACUCAGUGUAGUGUGUGCGUUAAGACUCAGUGUAAUGUGAGUGAAAGGGAUUCCGGUGUGAUGCCAAAACUACUGCGGCUCACGCAAACAUGGAUAUGUCAGACCACGGGGGUCAUUACUCCGCUCUUAUUGGGCCUUUCCUGGGGAACGGCCUUCUGCUAGAACCAGGUCAGGAGGAUGGGGAGGGCUAUGGGAAAUGAUGUCACACUGUGCAUCCGGGAGGCAUGAUCUGAUUGGACACCUCUUGACGACUGUCUCUGCCUCCCAGGGCCUCUGCACAGUUGUUUAUACAACUUUUUUUUUUUUUUUUUUGCCUGCGUUUGGGGGGACAGCUAAGCUUGUAUGGCAGGUGCUGAUUGGCUGGUCUAGCGUGGUACAUGCUGAUUGGCUGGGCUUAGGUACAGUGGAUAGUAAUUGGCUGGGCUUGCAUGGUGGAUUGUCAUUGGCUGAAUUGAGUGGUAUGGAGGGGGUUUCUAUGGAACUGGCUGCUUGACAUCAUGUGACGACCCCUUGUGAAAAAAUAUGUGAUAAAAUCCAAUAUAUAAAGAAUAUAUAUAUUUUUGUAUAUGUCAAAAUGUAAUACAUAUGUUUGAUAGUACUGGUUAUUGCCACAUUCGUAUUUCAUUUUACACAUACAUUCUACUGUCAAAAUAUAUUCUCCAGCAUGUUGUCCAAUAUAUGCAUUAAAUUGGCCAGUGGCAUUAUAUUUAGUACUAUAUGCUUGUAUAUUUUGACAUAUAUUCAGGAUAGAUUUUUUAGAAACAUUCUUUAGUGUUUUUGUUUGCCAUGGUAAGCAGUUUUCUUAUCCCUGCCAAUCACACAUCACUACCAGCAAACUUUCACCUGCAGCGAUUCAUUUUAGAGAAAUCUUACCUGAGAAACUUUACCUGCUCUUAAGACCACAAAUGAGAGAUUUCCGUUUACUUGCUUUUUUAUACUCGUUCUAUUGCUAGUAUUAAAUAUAUUGGGAAAUGCUGACAUAAUUUAAAACUUGGUCGAUCUGUGUUUUUACUUGUCAUUUUAUAUAAUUAUUAUAAUUAUUAUUAUUUUAAUGUAAUUUUUCUUUGUCUUUUUUUUAUCUUUCUCUUACUUUUUUUGCAGAAAGUAUAGUUUGAGACUUGUUGUGCUGGAACCACACAGGGGAGAUUGUGUAAUCAGAAGCAGAUUAUGCAUGUCUUUGUUUAAAUUCACAUGUGGCCAUUCACUCAGUGGAUGAGAACAUACAGUAUUAUCAAAUAAAAGUGUAGAAUUGA